CUAGCGUGAUUCUCUUCCAGUUUCCAAAUAAAGUAGGAUAUAUGACGUGGCUCAGAACCUUUGUCUGGAAUGCUAUUGGUCCGCUUCGCUGAAACUGAAAGUGGACUCUAAACCCUAGUCAAUUCAACCGCCGGAACCACGCCGGCGCCGACGAUGAAGGUAGUGGCGCUAGUCAGUGGCGGUAAGGACAGUUGCUAUGCGAUGAUGAAAUGCCAGCAGUACGGUCAUCAGAUUGUGGCGCUGGCGAAUUUGAUGCCUAUUGAUGAAGAUCAAGAUGAGCUCGAUAGCUACAUGUAUCAGACAGUGGGACACCAAAUAGUUGUAAGCUACGCACAAUGCAUGGGGAUUCCAUUGUUUAGGAGACGAAUUCAAGGAACUACAAGGCAUCAUGGCCUUAGCUACAAUAUGACUCCUGGGGAUGAAGUUGAAGAUAUGUUGAUCCUCUUAAAAGAAGUUAAGAGGCAGAUACCAUCUAUUUCAGCAGUAUCCUCGGGUGCUAUUGCGUCUGACUAUCAAAGGUUACGUGUGGAAAGUGUGUGUUCUAGGUUGGGGAUUGUUUCUUUGUCAUAUUUGUGGAAGCAAGAUCAAUCAUUGCUCCUUCAAGAAAUGAUAAGGAGUGGAGUUAUUGCCAUCACAGUAAAGGUAGCAGCGAUAGGGUUGGUCCCUUCAAAGCACUUGGGGAAGGAAUUAACACAUUUAGAGUCCCAUCUUCACAAGCUAAAAGAGUUGUAUGGGAUAAACGUAUGCGGUGAAGGGGGAGAAUAUGAAACUUUAACUCUGGACUGUCCCCUUUUCAAAAAUGCUCGAAUAGUGCUCGAUAAAUUUGAAGUCAUAUUACAUUCAUCAGAUCAAAUAGCUCCUGUAGGAGUUCUUCAUCCCCUGGAAUAUCAUUUGGAGAAGAAGUUGGUCCCCUUGUCUAACACUGAUAAUGACAAAACCAAUGAGGUACCUGUGGGAGAAUCCAACUUAGUGCAUGAAGUGGUGGGAGAUUUCCAGGAUAUCUUGGAAGCUCCAUCUUCUAAAGAUGUUGUGAUAUCUGACUUAGGAGUAGAUACAAAACAAGAACUUCGCUUCUCAAAAUCCAAGAAGAAGAAUACUUUCUCCAUUACUUGCUGGCUGCAGGAUGCCUCCAAAACCUCUGUAGAUUUGCAAGAGGAUCUGCGGGUGGUUUUAACAAAAAUACAAUUGUUGCUCAAUGAAAAUAAUUGCUCUUGGGAGAACGUUCUAUAUAUACAUUUAUAUAUAGAUGAUAUGAACGAGUUUGCUCUAGCAAACAACGAAUAUGUGAAAUUCAUUACUCAAGAGAAGUGUCGUUUUGGUGUGCCAUCACGGUCGACAAUAGAACUUCCUCUUGUGCAAGCUGGUCUUGGGAGAGCUUAUGUAGAAGUCUUGGUUUCAGAUGAUAAUACUAAAAAUGUUUUGCAUGUUCAAAGUAUUUCAGAGUGGGCUCCGAGUUGUAUCGGUCCGUACAGCCAGGCAACCUUGCAUAAGAAUAUUCUGCAAAUGGCUGGCCAGUUGGGGCUUGACCCACCAACGAUGUUGUUCUCUGUUGAAGGUCCUCCGCUGGAGUUUCAACAAGCGCUGGAGAACAGUGAAGCUGUUGCAAAAUGUUUCAACUGUUCAAUAUCUACGACUGCUAUUUGCCUCGUUAUUUAUUGUUCGGCAUCUUUGAGUUCUUCAGACCGAAUUGGUGUUGAUAAUCAGAUGGAUGUUUGUCUUGCGCAAAUAAAGUCGCAGUUGAAUAAUGGAAGCAAGUCAAAUGCGCUUGUAGUGAAUGAUCCUGUCAUUUUGUACAUUCUGGUUCCUGAUCUGCCAAAAAGAGCUCUUGUGGAAGUUAAACCCCUUCUUUACAGUGGGGAGAAUAUGGAAACCCCAACUAGUGUCACCAAACAAGAUUUAUGUACGAAACAAGCUUAUUGGGGGUUUGAGCAUGAAAGCUGGCACAAUGGUUGUCUCCAGAAAUGUAUCGUUGGCAGUAGAAUAUGUGCAGCUGCGAUAUCUAUCACGCAAGAGAUUGCGGCAAAGAUCUGUUCUCAGACUACUAGCCCUGCUUACAAUGAAUCAGAAUGUAAAGCUCAUACUCAAAAGAAAAUCGUAAGGAUAGCUGAGUUCUGCAUCUACCUGCUCAAUGAAGUUCUUCUUGAGAAUGAUCUCUCCUGGGAUGAUAUAUUGAAUUUGAGGAUCUAUUUCUCAACAAGUCCUGAAACCAGCCACGCAGCAUUGUCGACGAUCUUUACCAAUGCAUUUACUGAAUUUGCGGAGAUGAGCAGGAGAAUCGAGAGUGGUACAGAGCCAUUCUUUACCCUAGUUCCGAUCCUGGCAGCUGGAACUUCGGCGACGGCCAUGGACAACAUACUUACCUGCGAGCUAUUUGCAAGGAAGUUUUAGUGUUUGUUUCUUGGCUACAUGUAUGUUGUACAUAUAUAACAUGGGGCGAAGGCGAUUGCUAGUCCAAUUACAUUAGCUAACACAGAAUUCACACACAACACACAUUUUGUGGAACACUUUGUCUUCAAAUUUAUGCUUUUUGGAGCACAGCUCUGUCAUUCAAGGAAAAUAUAGUUUGCUAACUUUCUA